GAGAAGUGGAAUGUUGAGGUUCUUCUCACCUUCUAUCUCUCAUACUCUCUCUUUCUCUUCUUCUUCUUCUUCCCUCUCCAUUCGCAGUCCUCCAAAACCCUCUCUCCGAAACCCUCUUUCCCGUUCAAUUUCAACCCACGCUUCCUUCGAAACGCAGCUAUUCAUUCCUCCGGGCAUAUUACCCGACGAGGUUGACGACUCCGCCGUCCUACCGGGCUCCAACAUCGCCGUCGGACCCUACGCCGGCGACUCUCGGAUCAAGGACGUUGAGUUCGUCAAGAGCAGCAGUCGCGCCAAGGAUUGCCCCAGAGAUGACCGACCCGAAUUCGCCGUUCUCGGUCGAUCCAACGUCGGCAAGUCCUCCCUCAUCAAUUCCCUCGUUCGCAAGAGAGAAAUUGCACUCACUUCUAAGAAACCAGGGAAGACGCAGCUCAUUAAUCACUUCUUGGUGAACAAAAGCUGGUACCUUGUCGACUUGCCUGGUUAUGGCUUUGCUAAAGCAUCUGAAACUGCUAAAACGGAUUGGUCCUCAUUCACAAAAGGGUACUUUUUGAACAGAAAUACUCUGGUGGCUGUUUUGCUUCUUAUUGAUGCCAGUGUUCCGCCUCAAAAGAUUGAUUUGGACUGUGCAAAUUGGCUUGGACGCAAUAAUAUACCGAUCACUUUUGUGUUCACGAAAUGUGACAAAAUGAAAGUGGCAAAAGGGAAACGGCCUGAUGAGAACAUAAGGGAUUUUCAAGAGUUAAUCAAACAAAACUAUAAGCAACAUCCCCCAUGGAUUAUGACCAGCAGUGUCACUGGACUGGGUAGAGAUGAGCUCCUCUUGCAUAUGUCUCAGCUGAGAAACUACUGGGAUCAGUAGGAGGAAAGGUCAAAAUUAAGAAGUGACUUUCUGCAAGAAAACAGGCCUUCAGAAGCAAAAUUGAAACUGCAAAAGAGGCAACUAUAAAGAAGAAUUAUAUGAAAAAGCAGUGGGUUGGGUUGUUUCUAGUAAUAUUUCAGUUGGAUCUUUGUUCUUCUUGAGCUGCAACCAGAUAUAUAACUUGCAUCAGAAUCAAGUUUGAGUGUUUCUGGAUACUGAAUUUCCAUAUACGGACGCUGAGUAUUUGGGUUAAUGGGGUCAGGCUUUGUGCAAAAGGGGGACCGUUUUUAUAACAGCACAGGAAAUGUUGUAUGCUUUCAACUGGGAUAUGGUUGUAGUUGCCUGAAUACAUGUUUUGGCAUACUAUUGGUUUUGCUUUCAUUCAAAAUUUUUAGAAGCAAAUAUGCACCUUUUGCAACAUGUAAACAUUAUGGAAGCUUUGAUUAUAUUGAGGCUGAGAUAGAUAGUGCUACUGCAA